CUAAAAGAUUUUAAUAUAUUUUUUACUUUCAAGCCUAAGAAGUUCUUCAUCAUGUUUAAUGGUAUACCAACGAUGAUGAGAUAUACCGCACGAUCGCCAUAUCAGUGCGGUUCCAGCGGAUUCAGUUUCGACAAUUGUUUGCGAAAUAAAAGCCUUACCGAGAAUGGAUUUUUGGAGCCGAAUCGUAUCAGCACUGGCACCACCAUAGUGGGCAUAAUUUAUGACGGAGGCGUGAUCAUAGGCGCAGAUUCCAGGGCUACCAACGCCAACAUAAUACCCUCGAAUAACAGCCGCAAGAUUUAUGAGCUGCAGAGCAACAUUUAUGCCGGUGGUGCCGGAGUCGCACAGGACACGAGUGCUUUGAUGGAGGUGACGCGUGCGCAGCUGGAGCUCCACCGCAUGAACACAGGGUUCCGAAAGGUGCCGGUGCGCUGUGCCAACCAGAUGGUGAGGCAGCUGCUCUACCGCUUCAGCGGGAACAUGCAGGCCAACGUCAUCAUCGGCGGCGUGGAUCGAACCGGGACCCAUCUCUUCUGCACCCGGUUCGAUGGCACCACGGACACAGUGCCGUUCACGUCCCUGGGCUCCGGCAAUCUGGCGGCCAUGUCCAUGCUGGAAUCGCGGUGGACGGAGGGCCUGGACGAGCAGGCCGCCCACGAUCUCGCCUGCGAUGCCGUGUUUGUUGGCAUGGAGAAUGACCUGAACUCCGGCGGAAGGGCCUGUCUCUGCAUCAUUCGGUCCGACUUCUCGGUGCACUGGAAAGUGCAGAGCCCCUACCCCAACAAGACUAGUCCGAUGCGAAGCCUCCUACUGGCGAUCAGGCAUGGCUGCUCCAGCGUUCUGUCCACCAUCGAGCACCAGGUGGUGCCGUGGGGAGAAACUCCAGUUGGGUGCAAAGCUCGAGGUUCGAGACCAAGGGGUCGCAUGGAUCCAGGACCAGGAGAAACAGGAAACCGGCGUCGUGGGGCCGAAACUCUAGGUCCACCUAAGGCCAAAAGGAGGAGGCUGGAUGCAGAUGAACCCGCGAAAUGAAAUACUAGCACUUUUUGUAAUUAUACUCCUAACAGCGGAUGCCUCAUUAACUCCUAUCCUCAGCAAUCCCAGUCUCUGUCAUUGUCUCUCCUUGUGGCGACUACUGCCACG